UAAGUUCCUUCCCAGAAAGGACUGCGUCCUCUCCCCACUUCACUUGUGGAACGCAUAUAUAAUAUACCGUCCCUUCUCCCUUCCACUUCAAAAUUGCAGCGUGAUUUUUUCCCAGCGAAAGCUUCUCAAAACACAUUCGCUCUUUUGUGCUUGGAAUUAAUAAUCACAGAAAAUAAAUUGAUGGCGAGUAAUCUCAAAGUAGACCAGCUCCGAGCCAAGCUCGCCGAACGGGGACUCAGUACCGCGGGAACCAAGGCCAUUUUGAUACAGAGACUGGUUGGAACUAUGGAAGAAGAAAAAAAGCGGUCAAUGGGUAGCAAGAAGAGAGCAAGGGAGUGCAACGAGGAACAGUCAAAUGAGUCGGAGAAAAUAAUGGCUAUUGAGGAUUUUCGACAAAUGGGUGUUAAGCAAUUACGCGAACAAGCUGAUCUUCGAGGGUUACCCAAAACUGGGACCAAGAAAGAACUUCUUGAGAGGAUUUGUAAAGAUGUGGAGGAGAACGGCUCUAAGGACACUCUUCAAGUUAAAGAAGAGGUAGAUGAUAGCAGUAAGGAGAAAAUUUUAAAGGCAACCAAGAAGGGUGCUGCAGUCUUGGAUCAGUGGCUUCCAGAUCACUUAAAGACUCAGUAUCAUGUUUUUCAACAGGGCGAUGAUAUCUAUGAUGCCAUGUUAAAUCAGACAAAUGUUGGGAAUAACAAUAACAAGUUUUAUGCGAUACAACUUCUAGAAUCUGAUGGUGGUGGACAAUACAUGGUUUAUAAUAGAUGGGGUAGAGUUGGCGUAAAGGGUCAAGAUAAGUUAUUUGGACCCUAUAAUUCGCAGGAUGAUGCAAUUCAUGAGUUUGAGCAAAAGUUCUUUGCCAAGACCCAGAACCAUUGGAUCGACCGAAAGAAGUUCAAAUGUUACCCAAAAUAUUACACCUGGUUGGAGAUGGACUAUAGUGAAAAGGAAAACCAAGAAUUAGUUGUCAAUAAUAAGCCUGACUCUGCUGUAAAUAUUCAACCUCGGGAAACAAAACUCGAGCCACAUGUUGCAAAAUUUAUUUCUCUUAUAUGCAAUAUUAGCAUGAUGAAGCAGCAAAUGAUGGAAAUAGGUUACAAUGCGAAUAAGUUGCCACUUGGCAGGCUAAGCAAAUCAACAAUAGCGAAGGGUUAUGAUGUCUUGAAGAGGAUAGCUGAUGUGAUUCACCAGCCAAAUAGAAGUGAAUUAGAGCAAUUAAGUGGAGAAUUCUACACUGUUAUACCUCAUGACUUUGGAUUUAAGAAAAUGCGUGAUUUUAUCAUUGACACUCCUCAGAAAUUGAAACUGAAAUUGCAAAUGGUUGAAGCCCUGGGUGAAAUUGAAAUUGCAACGAAGUUGUUGGAGGAUGACAAAUGUAAUCAGGAAGAUCCCCUGUAUUCUCAUUACCAGCGCCUUCAUUGUCAGUUAAUGCCAGUUGAAGCAGAUUCUGAGGAAUAUUCUAUAAUUGCAAAGUAUAUGCUUAACACUCAUGCAAAAACACAUUCCUCUUACACUGUCGACAUUGUUCAAAUAUUCAAGGUAGUAAGAGAGGGUGAAGUUGAACGCUUCAAAAUGUUCUCUCACUCAAAGAAUAGGAUGCUCUUAUGGCAUGGUUCUCGGCUCACAAAUUGGACUGGCAUUUUAUCCCAAGGUCUGCGUAUUGCUCCACCUGAAGCACCUGUGACAGGCUACAUGUUUGGAAAGGGGGUUUACUUUGCUGAUAUGUUCUCCAAAAGUGCAAAUUACUGUUAUGCUUCUCGUGCUGCUACUGCUGGUGUACUGCUUUUAUGUGAGGUUGCACUUGGUGACAUGGCAGAGCUUCUACAUGCAAAUUAUGAUGCUGAUAAGUUACCAGAGGGAAAGCUAAGCACAAAAGGAGUUGGUCAAACUGCACCAGAUCCAUCAGAAGCUCAGGCACUUAAGGAUGGUAUUGUUGUGCCGCUAGGAAAGCCGAAAGAGCAACUGAGCUCCAAGGGUCAGUUAUUUUACAAUGAAUAUAUUGUGUACAAUGUGGAUCAGAUUAGGAUGCGCUACGUGGUUCAAGUGAAUUUCAAAUAUUAAAGUUGAUUUUCCUUUUUCCGUUGUGGAAGAGAUUAUGCUUUCUAUCCAUAUGGCUUAUUAAAAAGUAUGUAUAGCAAAUAUUUAUUGAGACUUAAUUUUGCUUUAUAAUAAUGUGCACUAAAUUUUUUUUUUUUCUUCUUUUCAAUAAUUUGAAUCAUGUAAA